AUGCUUCUUCUUCUCGAUGAUGAUGAAGACAGACCACGGUUCUUGAAGUGUUGGGACUUACGUUCGUCCGCCGCGGACUUUUGGGAUGACAAGACUCACCCCACCGCCCGAACUGCAAAGGGGAAGGAGGGAAAGGCAGACGGAACACGGAACACUGUUUUCGUCGACGGUCUCUGCUUCGGCUUGCUUCAUUGGCAUCAACGGCCUGGUUGUAGGGCAAUGACCUCCCCGACGCAAGCGCCUCGUGGCUGGCUCCAGACAUCCCGCCCCACGAACACCACACGAAGCAGAGCGUCUAUCAUUCUGGCGGAAGGAUGGGCAAACCGCCAUAUCAUUGCCUAUGCCUAUAACCCAGAACCCUUGGUUCUCCCGGAUCAGUAA